AUGCCAUCGCUGCGACCGGCUGCACUGCUGGCGAUGCUGGUGCUGCUGACCGCCACUCGCGAUGCACUUGCAGCGCCUGACAUAACCAUGUCCAUACACAGUGACAUAGCUGGUAAUGGAGCACCAAACUCCUUCACGGUCAAUCAGGUCUAUACUCUAAUUUCCAAUAUCGAAUUCAGACUGAGAGAUUUGUCAAAUACAUUAAGACGGGACCAACAUACGGAAAGGAUAAAUUCCAGGAUAGACGUGAUGUUCAACAAGCUCAGUCAUAUAGAAGUAUCCAACGAAAUGUGGUUCGAUAAAUUUCAACAGUCGGUGAUGGAGGAAUGUGGUCCGAACCACAUGACCAGACGUCUGGACAAGGCUCAGCAACAACUGGAGAUAACAUUAGAACACAUGGAGACCAAUCUACAGAACGUGCAAAAUCAUCAGAAAGAACUGGAGAAAGAAAUCAAAAAAGUGGCAGACAGGCAGACAGAAAUGGCCAUGGACAUUCAGACCAUGCGAAAAGACAUGAGUUCUGAGUUUGAGAAUCACAAUUCCAAUCAGAUUACUUUCAGGAAACAGUUACAAGACACUGUUGCAAAUUUAUCUCAACAAUCCAAAAUCACAGACAAAUCAAUGAGUACCUGCUCGUGUAAUCAAGACGGCGAUUUCAGUCAAAUUCCGGAAACAACAAACCGACUGUCCACAACGAUGAAUAAUAUGUACAAUGUGCUCAAAGAUCGUUCAGAUCACAUAAGCAUAGAACUCAAGGAAUUGGUGGAGAAUACUGACAAGUAUCGGCGGAGAUUGGACUCUGAUAGACGUGGCGUGAUAAACGAAUUUUUGGACAGCUUCUUAGAAGCGGCUAUCGAAAAGAUAACAGCGAUUCAGAAAAAAUCAGAAGACGAACUUGAAGCCAAGUUCAAAGAGCAGUUGCAAUUACUCGUAGAUGGACAAAACUUGUUCAUGGACAAUUGUCACCGGUUGCAAUCAAAUGAACGACAAAUCGAGAAUGAUAUGGUCGAUAUAUUGGAAAGGAUAUUAGACCGUAUUGAUAACAAGAGUAAGUCCGAGAGCACGACUUUGGAACAAUUACCGAAAACUUUGAAAACCCAAAGCAGUCUGGAAGAGAAAAUGUUCGGGGAGCUUUCAGAACUAAUCAAGACUCAGUCUGACCAGGUGACCAGAACGGUAGCCUACUCCACCAACCAAGUAUUAAAGUUACACCAGGACGUAACGAACAUUUCCAAUGCGCUGAUGGCCGUCAACAAUGGUGGAGGACUCUGUAAUUUCACCAUGUCAACGACGGACAUCAAUGACAGACUACCCCUGCACAAUAUCAACAACAGCCACAGCAACAACCCAUCGCCUUCCAAAAACAAGUCCAUCAUCGAAAAACCUACAUCGGUGAUGCCAAACAAGAACCGUUCACCACAUGAUUAG